CGUGAUUCCAUUAAUUAUGUGUUUAAAAAACUAAAUAUAAAUUAUGCUAAAUGUUAAAUUGCCAAGUGAAGUCGUUCAGUUACAUUUCAGAUCAUUUGUGAUUCUAAGAAGAUCCCUAAUCAAGUGAUGUGCAAAAUAAAUACGGAAAAGUGAGGUAGCAAUGGGAGAAACGUGAAGUGAUGUCAAACCAGUUCGGAUUUUUUACAAGAACAUCAGUCCAUAUACGAACUUUACGAACAGUCCGCUUUUCAUACAAAUCCGGCAUUUUGACCUUGCAAGCAAAUUCUGAAAAUCGAUAUUGCAGCCGUCUCAUAUCUUUAUGAGAUCUUUACGGUUUGUGAUCAACGAGAAAAAAAUGUCAACGCCUACUUUACUUCGGGAUAAAAUGCUUUGUUACUGUCAUUUUUCGCGCGAUUCGUUGUGAAACAUCCGGUGCGUUAAAUUCCGAUUUGCUAUCGUAGCAAAAUUCCUUUGCAUACUGUGGAUCUCAUCAGAGCAAUUUCGCACAUCGAUCCCAAUAUAAUCCAAGACGAAUGAAAAAAUGGCCUACCGCAAUGGAUAUUCGGGAGAGGAGAGGGACUUAGAUAGGGAAGACAGGAUAAGUGAUAGUAUGGGAAAACCGGUGCAUAUAAUCGAACAUUUGGCCACAUUCACUGUUACCAAAGAAACAGGUAUUAUUUAUCCAAAUGAUGGAAUGAGAAGACUGCUGCAGUUGGAAAAGACUAAUGGGAUAUGGUCGCAGAAGAUGCAACUAUGUUUAGAUAACUCUUGGGUAUUAAUUAUGGAUUAUGAGACAGGUAGUGUAAUGGAAAGGUUUCCAGCAAAUUCGAUACAGGAACCUACUGCAUUUAUGAGUCAGGACCCCAUGGAAAUGUAUAACAAUAUUUUAGUAUUUAUCGUAACGAAUUCAAAUCAGUCACAUCCAGAAAUGCAUAUAUUUCAGUGUCAAAGCAUAUCAGCACAAGAUUUAGUGGAAGACCUCAUGCAAUUAAAAAUGGGCAAGGCUCUAACUCGCAGUAGAAAAAGUAGUAUCCCACCUCCAUCCCACAAACCACCGCAAAAUAUUGUGAACCCCACACGGGAACUUCCUACAAGGGAUUACCACGGUGGCGAAUUUGAACUGUCAGGCAACAACGACGAUUCAAGCUCGACGACUAGCGAAAAAUAUGAACGUGACGUAGCCAUUUUGAACCACUGCUUCGACGAUAUUGAAAAGUUUAUCGCCAGACUGCAACAUGCUGCUGCCGCAGCUAGAGAGCUGGAACGCCGAAGAAAAAGUCGAAAAAGUAAAAAACGCGACAUGGGAGAUGGUAUGCUAACAAUGAGGACCAAACCUCCACCCGAAAAAGAAUUCGUGGACAUCUUCCAGAAGUUCAAGCUGUCAUUCAAUUUACUGGCGAAGCUAAAAGCGCAUAUCCACGAUCCAAAUGCCCCAGAACUGGUCCAUUUUCUUUUUACCCCGUUAGCAUUGAUUGUUGAAGCAGGUCAAGAUACCUAUUUUGAAAGACAUAUUCCACACAACGUCGUGUCACCUUUGUUAACCAGAGAAGCUGUCAAUUUACUCAUGAACUGCGUGACAAGUAAGGAAACUGAACUGUGGCACUCUUUGGGAAAUGCAUGGCUCAUACCCAGGGACCAAUACAAAGGGCAUGUACCAUCCUACCAUCCUGUAUUCAUGGACGGUUGGUCACCAGAAUUCCCAGUAAUAGAUGAGAUGGAGUCAGAAAGCAAAGGCUAUCAUGAACAAUACAGCAGUGACUACAAUGACUAUCCCUCUUCGAGCCAAGAUGCUCAUGAUAGAGGAAAUUCUUAUCACCAUCCACCUGAAAAGGACUUGCCUCCACCAAUGGUGGAAAGUACCCGAAGCGACAUAUCUGUGGACUCUAUUGAAAGAAACCCAGAAGACAGAGGAUUCGGGAGAAACCAAGAGGCCUUCUUGGAAGAACUGCAGAGUAGAGGCGCUAAUAUUGUGCAAGUGACUUAUCCAAGAACUGCUAAUAAUGAUAAGGAAUUGACAGUUGUCCGUGGAGAAUUCCUCGAGAUUCUUGAUGAUAGCAGGAAAUGGUGGAAGGCAAGAAAUAGCAGAGGUCAAAUCGCUCAUGUACCACAUACAAUAGUUACACCAUAUGCUUUUAAUAAUCCAUAUCCUCCAAAUCACAGAAGACCGGAAUCGCCGAUCGAAAGGUUCAAUAGUGGCCACGGUUCAACUACUCCAGAUCACCCAACUUCCACGAAAAACAACGCGGACUGGAUAAAGAACCAGCGGAUCGAGAAACCUGACCUUAAACCUCCACCCCCACCUCCAAUGCCAACCCCAUCUGCCCCUCCUACCCCUCAACCAAUCAAACGUACCCAAUCCCAAAUUUCCACGAAAUCGAACAAUGACAAAAUGAAAGAAGAGCUGUCUAGCGUGCUACAUUAUAUGAGAAAACGAGACGGGCCCAGAAACAUUAUCAUCAAACAGACAGAGGAGUCCUAUAUCAGUCAGAAGUCGACCCCUAAAGAAGUCCAAGAAUGGUUGGAAAAGAAGGCGUUUGAGAAGAGUAUCAGGGAUAAGUUUAAAGGGGUUGCAGGAUACCAAAUGUUUGAUAUAAAGAAGCGGGAACUAGAAACGAUUUGUGGAAAGGAAGAAGGCGGAAGAUUGCAUUCACAGUUACUUGUUAUGAAAUCUGUCACUGAGUAUCAAACCCUUAGGACCACAGAACUGAGGACGGUACUAGCCAAGGUUAGACAAAAGAUUGGAGACGAGGAACAAUGAACAUAUUACGAAAAUAAUAAUAUACAAAUUUGUAUCAGAUGCCGUGAGAAAUUAGAACUUCGUCCUUUAUUCAAUUAUGACGGGGUUCGCGAGGUCUAAUUAGCUAGACGACAACUUACAGGUUUUACGAUGCCUUCUGUUUUCAUGAAGUUAAAAAAAUCACCCGCGAAAAGAUAGAUUAAUAAUAUCAUGAAAACAGUAGCCAUUCGUAAAACCUGUAAGUUGACACCUAAUUAGCUUUUUGAGAUCUAUCUAGGAGGUCACACGAUUCAAAUGAAAACCGUAUAAAAUUAGAAUUUUUCCUAACAUCAAUACCUGACUUAUCUUGCACAUAUUGUUACAUAAUGCUAGAAGUGCUUUAUUUUAGAGAUCCAUCAGAUAUUACUAUGUUAUAGUUGAGUUUAUGUUGUCAUAGUUUGUAGAAACUUUUACCUUUAUCUGAUCAAAUAAAAUCUAGCAGG